CAAAAACUGAGGGGUCGCCAUUGUGCAAAAUAUUUGCGACGGUAACAACUGCCGUCGCCACUGGGCGUGGCAAACCCAAUGAUUUACUUCGGCAAGAGUUAGCCGUAGUAAAACUAAAAUACUAAGAGUUUGCGACUGUAAAAGACAUGCCAUCGCGUUUCUUCAAUUCUUCCCGUGGUAUGAAAACCACGACAAUCGCCCUCUGCUCAAAAAGAGAAGAAAACUCUCUCAAAACGGAGGCCGAUCUCUUCGUCUCUCUUGUCCACCCUCUCUCUCCCUCAUCGCAAAUCCCAUCUUCCGCCAAUACUUCUGUCUAAGCUCUUCCUUAUCGGCAAACCAGAUUGGGGAAAUCUUUUGGGGGUAUCGUUCAGAUCUAGAUCCCUUACCUGCAAAAGAGUCAAUUGGGUCGCUUAUCGUAAACGACGACGGUGAGUCAGUUUUCGGGGAGCUCUAGCUGGCUGGAGACCAGAGCUAAGAUGGGUUUCAGUUUAGGAUUCUUGGUCGGAAUCUUUAGAGUUCUAAUUCUCUCUCAUGCCGCUUAAUCAACUGUUUAGUGUAGCAGGAAUAGUGGAUUAAAUUCUGCACAACACCUUUUGGCUGGUGAAACAGGUUGAAUGUUUUUGAUACAUAGUUUAAGGAAAGCGGGGGUCAAUUUGCACAAGAACAUAUUGCCCCCACAUGAAAACUCAUGGGAGAGUUUAAUCGAUCUUCAUGGAAUUAUUGCCCGAGUCAAUCUCUUGCUGCAAAUGGAAGCAAACCACGAGGUCCCAUCAAGUCCUGUCCUUUCCUGUCCUUUUAGCCUUAAUCAUGGUGAAGAAAGAGCAGCAAGACGGAAAGAGUUCUUUGAGAGGCUGGAAGAAAAGAAAAGUGGAGAGGCAGAAAGUAAGCAGCUGCAAAUGAGAGAUCUAACAGGAUGCUUAAAGGAGAUCCACCACUUUCAAAUUACGAGCCUCAUGAAACAGCCAAAUUUGUUGCAAAAGGACACACCCCUGAACUGAAAAAUGUAGGACCUAUUGCUAUAGAGAGAAGAAGAGUGGUGGAGGAGGAGAUAGACACAAAGAAGAACAUAGCUAUCAAUGAAUGAAUGAAGCAAAGAAGAAUACCAAUGCGGUUGAACUUAUGCGCUUGAAUUCUGAUUAUGUAGGUCAUGAUACUUAGCCUACUGAGCGUCAGCAUUAUGUAUUUUAAUUUUUGAAUGUUUUUGUAUUUUCAAGAUUGGUGAAGUUGUAUGAAAUGUAUAGAAAUAAUGUGAAAAAAACAUAUGAAAUUAUGAUUUAUAUGGCU